CUGUCCCCUUCUCCACCUCGGCGAGACAGGCUUAUCCAGCCGCUACCCUUGCCGGCCGUCAGCUACUGCCCUGUUCGGCGAGGCGGCGACCCCGGCGAACUGCCGGCGAGGUGGCCCUUUCCAGGAGGCAGGAGGCGCCUUUCUCCUCAGCGGCCGCAACACAGAGGCACAGAGCAGACAGCAGCAGCCAGCAAGAGCAAAGCUAGUUCUUCCAAACCCCAAUUUCUCUUUGUAGAUGCUACUAUUUGAUGAUGGUUUUUGUCAAUUUCUAGAUAACACCGUUGUUGCUUGAUGGGAAAACAAAAUUUGACACAGUAAUUUUUUUUCAUAUAAUGUUACAGGAAGGCAAGAUGAGUAAAAGAAACAGGACAUUGAAUUCAUUUUUUGAAGUUUGAACCACUGGAACCGCAGAAACGGGUUCUUCAAUUCAAACAACUGAUAAUACCCCUCAUAUUGUAGCUCAACUCAAUCCCGGUGAUAUUGAAGCAGACCCUGGUAAGAGAAUACCAAUUGAUGAUUUGGAUGCAGACAUUAGAGAUCUUGCUAGAAGGGAGUACAUUAGUAUGGGUCCAUGCCAACCAACUAAUCAUACAUAUGAACGGUUAAAUGGUAGAAGCUUUCAUGGUUAUUGGUUCAAUGAUCAUCGCGGCUGGUUGGAAUAUAGCAUUGAAAAAAACACAUCCUUUUGCUUUUAUUGUUUCCUAUUUAAGCAACCAAGCGCUGAAAACUAUGGUAUUGAAGCAUUCACGAAAAAUGGAUUUAAAUCUUGGAAGGAUGGGGCUAAAGUUUUCAAUCAGCAUGUUGGCAAGCAUGAUAGUGCUCAUAAUAAAUCUAGGCAACAUUAUGAGGAUUUAAAAAAUCAAAGACAAAAUUUGCCACAUGUGUUUGAUAGGGGUUCUAAUAAGAAAGAAGAAGAAUACAAAGCUCGUCUCUUGAUUAUAAUGGGUAUUGUCAAAUUUUUGCUACUACAAGCUCUUGCCUUUCGUGGUCAUGAUGAGUCUACUAGCUCAAUGAAUAAGGGUAACUUUAGAGAGUUGUUGGACUUGUUCAUAAAGAAAGACCCAAAGGUGGAAAAAUUGUUUGGGGAUGCAGGAGAUAACCAUAAAUUGACUUCACAUGAGAUACAAUUGGAUUUAUGCAAGGCUUGUUCACAAGAGACCACCAAAGUCAUUCUUGAGGAGAUUGGAGGGAGUAAAUUUGCAUUACUUGUUGAUGAGUCCAGAGAUGCAUCUAUGAAGGAGCAAAUGGCUAUGUGUUUGAGGUAUCUUGGCAAACGAGGAGAGGUGAUUGAGAGAUUCAUGGCAGUUGAGCAUGUUCCUGACAAGAAAGCAACUUCACUAAAUAUAGCUUUGGAUGGUAUGUUUGCUACUCUUGGCUUGUCUAUGUCUAAUUUGAGAGGGCAGGGUUAUGAUGGGGCGUCAAACAUGAGAGGGGAAUUCCGUGGAUUGCAAAGAUUGAUCUUGGAGGAAAAUCCUUAUGCUCACUAUAUACAUUGUUUUGCCCAUCAGUUACAAUUAGUGGUUGUUGCUGUUGCCAAGUGUUGUUCAUCAGUAAGGGAUUUUUUAAUAGACAAGCAUGGUUGUUAACAUUGUUAAUGCUUCUUGUAAAAGACAUGAUCAGUUAGCCCAAGAGCAACAUGGUGACAUAGUGCGACAGAUAGAGGCUGGGGAACUUCUUGUGGGAAGAGGGAAAAACCAAUUAACUAACCUUGCUAGACCUGGUGAUACACGGUGGGGUCACAUCAUAAAACCUUGUGCCGUCUUGUUGAGAUGUGAAAACCAGUUUUGAAGGUAUUAGAAAAUUUACACAAUGAUGCAGAUAAUGUUGCCUAAAGAACCACAGCUGCUAGGUUGAUAAAGCACAUAGAGUCCUUUGAAUUUGUUCUCAUAUUGCAUCUUAUGAUUAGAUUAUUGGGCAAGACUAACAAUCUCUCACAAUGCAAGCAAUUGAAAAAUCAUCAUAUUGUACGUGCUGUGGGAUUGAUUAAAACCACGUUGGAGGAUAUUCAAGAGAUAAGGCAUAAUGGUUGGGAUGAGCUCUUUAAAGAGGUAACCGACUUUUGUGUCAAAUACAACAUUGUAGUGCCAAAUAUGGAAGAUAUAAGAACUGCUAAUGGGCGUUCAAGAACUUGGGGUGGGCAAUUGGUAACAUACAACCACCAUUUCAAAAAUGAAGUAUUCAAUGUGUUGCAUGAUCAACUUAUUGCGGAGUUAAACAACCGCUUUGCUGAAAGGUCUACUCAAUUGUUGAGAUGCAUUGCUUGUCUUGAUCCCAAGAAUUCAUUUGCCAAUUAUAAUGAAGACAAGCUAGUAGAUCUUGCUAAUAUGUAUGAUGCUGAUUUCUCUACAUAUGAAGUUGCUUUUGUCCUUAGAAACCAACAAUUAGACUCAUUCAUUCGGGAAGCAAGAACAGAUCCACAUUUGAUGAAUUGAAAUGACCUUGGUCAUCUUGCCAUGAAUAUGGUUACAGCUCAUAUGCACACAACGUUUCCCUUGGUUUACCGUCUUGUUGAGUUAGCAUUGGUUUUACCUAUUGGAACCGCAACAGUGGAAAGGGCAUUCUCAGCAAUGACUAUUAUCAAGACUGGAUUGAGGAACAAAAUGGGUGAUGAUUGGAUUAAUCAUAGAAUGGUAUGUUACAUUGAGCGAGAUGUAUUUGUUAGUAUCGAAGAAUUAAAGAUCAUCGAGCGAUUUCAAGGU